GUCGCUUAGCAUUAUUGAUUACAUAUCGCGAGUCAUCUUUGGUUGAAAGCACUUGAUAAACGUGUUGGAACUUGCGACGACUUCAAAUUGAAGAAGUAGGACUUUUUCAACUGCAGAUAUAGGAGAUUUUGCUUCAAACGAGACUUGGAGUGUCAAAAUGCUCGCCAGAUUUUGUUUCAUUCUGUGUGCUUUGUUUUUCGUGGUGGAGUCAGCAUUCACACGUACACCAGCGAGUCCACCAUUACUCUAUAAGUACAAGUCGAACGUGGUAGCAUUACUCGGCCAAUCACGGGUCAAGCUUCGUUGCCGCGUGUCUAAUGGCAUGGGAGCACAAUAUUGGUGGACAAGGAAUGGCAAGAAAAUACGGAGAUCGAGGAAAUAUUUUGUCACUUAUUUCCAUAAUUUGAGGAUAAAAAACGUGGGAGCUUCUGACGCCGGAGAGUACGUUUGUCGGGCAAAAAAUGAUGUCGGAGAAAGUCACCAAACGAUCACCCUCAUUGUUAAAGAUCCAGCCAAAGAAAAUACUACUGAAGAAAGAAAACCGUUUUUCACGCAUCUGGAAGAGAUGACGAAAAAGAUGAUAAUAAUCCCGGCUGGUAACAAAUUCAAAAUCACAUGUUCGGCUUCCGGUAGACCAUCGCCAACAAUCGCCUGGUACAAAAAUGGUAAACAGCUUAAACUAAUGCCCGAUGGUUCAACGGCGAUAAAACCGAGUGAUUUUAUCUUAAACUUCGAUUCACUGAGACCAAAAGACGAUGGAAAAUACACGUGCUUCGUUUCAAACAAACUUGGAAAUGUUAGCGCGUCAUUUGACCUGACAGUCAAAGCAUCCCCGCCACCAUCCUUCCAGAGUGACGUGUCAAACGCGACCGUUGUGCUCGGCGAAUCAGAAGUCAGGCUUCCCUGUCGCGUGAUCGCUGACGUAAAUACAGAAUAUUGGUGGACAAAAGGCGGGAAACGGAUAACGAAACGAAAGAGAUAUCGAAUCAAGAAAUUCCGUUAUUUGAGGAUAAAAAAUGUGGAGAAUUCCGACGCCGGAGAGUACGUUUGUCGGGCGAAAAAUAAUGGUGGAGAAAUUCAGCAAACGAUUACUUUAAUUGUUGAAGAUCCAGUCGGAAAUUCUCCUGAAGAUCGAAAACCGUUUUUCACGCAUCCAAAGAAGAUGACGAAAAAGAUGAUAAUAAUCCCGGCUGGCAACAAAUUCAAAAUCACAUGUUUGGCUUCCGGCAGACCAUCGCCAAGAAUCGCCUGGUACAAAAAUGGUAAACAGCUUAAACGAAUGCCUGAUGGUUUAACGCGGAUAAAACCGAGUGAUUUUGUCUUAAACUUCGAAUCGCUGAGACCAAAACACGAUGGAAAAUACACGUGUAUCGUUUCAAACAAACUUGGAAAUGUUAGCGCGUCAUUUGACCUGAUAGUCAAAGAAAUAAUACUCACAAAACCAGUGUUGCAAAAAAUGGAAAAUAUAACCGCAUACGAAGGAGACAAUGUGACAUUCAUUUGUAGAGGAUACAGCGACGCUUUGCCUCAUUUUCAAUGGAUAGUGAAGAAUCCAAAAAAGAACAACUCGAUUGAAGUUUUACCUUCCGGACUGGAGCGAGACGACUACAUUUGCGAUAACAAAAGACCGCCAUGGCACUGCGCGAAACUGCUACUUUUGAACGUGUCGCGUGAGGAUGAAAGACAGUAUUAUUGUAUGGCAGGGGAUGCUAGGGGAUGGAGCAAGGAGACAGUUUGGUUGAAAGUGCUGCCAAGGCGAUUUACUCCAGAAGUUUUCCCACUAGAAAUAAUACUCACAAAACCAGUGUUGCAAAAAAUGGAAAAUAUAACUGCGUACGAAGGAGACAAUGUGACGCUCACUUGUAGAGGAUUCAGCGACGCUUUGCCUCAUUUUCAAUGGAUAGUGAAGAAUCCAAAAAAGAACAACUCGAUUGAAGUUUUACCUUCCGGACUGGAGCGAGACGACUACAUUUGCGAAGACGAAAGAUCGCGAUGGCACUGCGCGAAACUGCUACUUUCGAACGUGUCGCGUGAGGAUGAAAGGCAAUAUUAUUGUAUAGCAGGGGAUGUUAGGGGAUGGAGCAAGGAGACUGUUUGGUUGAAAGUGCUGCCCAGGCGAUUUACUCCAGAAGAAAUCGAAGCGGGUAAGCCAAAAUUUGCACCCGACUCGUACGUGGCCGACAUUGGUGGCACGGUGCGUUUGAAGUGCGCUUUCACAGACUGGCGCGUUGAAUGGACAAUGACCUGGCAAAAAUAUGGCGAAAUUUUGCAACUUCCGACAAAUGGGCGCAUCCAAUCUGUCGUCGGAAAAUCGUCUUUUCUGGUUAUUGAGCAUGCGCAGAAAAAUGACACUGGUAUUUACGAAUGUGUUGCGUCAAACGAAUUUGGCACGGUCAAACGAGAACUCGAGUUAACUGUCCAAGGUUAAAAUUCUCGAAAGCAUUUUGUCUGAGUGAAUGGUGAGGAAUUUAUUUGGGUACGUUUUUCAUUCAAUUUAUUAUCUUAAUGAUUUUGUUGGUGAAUAUUGUCACUUUACGGAUGUCGCAACGUACUGUUGUUUAAAACUUUUUAUGAAAAGGUGAUUUGAUAAUUAUAUUUGUAGUUCUUUAUGUAAUCGAAAUAUAUAAUU